GUUCACCUUAUCCACCCUUCUCCUCUGUUCAUUUGCUGCGUUUCCCUCCAUAUAUGGUUUUAGUUCGAAGAAGAGCUACCGCGAGCUCAAAUUGCGCAUCAAAAUCAGAAUUUGCACCCUUCCAACCCCAUUAAAUUUCUUCAAUUUCAUCCUCUAUAGCUAAGAAUCCCUAAUUUCCAUCAAUUUGCUACGAAAAAUGGCAUCGUCCCCAUUUCCCACUCCCUUGUCCAAACUCACUCCCGCUUGCUCCGACAAAACCCUUGUAUCUCCAAGAAUCUUUCCGGCGAAAUCCGAACUUUGCAUUUCUUAUAUUGCUCGAAAACCUCGCCGAAGUACCAGGUUUGUCAGAGUAACUCCGGUAUCUGCUGCUCUGAGUGGCCUUCUUGGGGGCAUCUUCAAGGGAAUGGACACGGGUGAAGCGACGAGGAAGCGGUUCUCGGAUUCAGUUGGGUUGAUCAAUGGGUUGGAGCCGGAGAUGACGAGGCUCUCGGAUUCGGAGUUGCGGGAGAAGACGUCGGUUCUCAGGGAACGUGCACAGAACGGGGAAUCGAUUGAUUUGAUUCUGCCUGAAGCAUUUGCGGUGGUAAGGGAAGCAUCAAAAAGGGUUCUAGGCCUUCGUCCUUUUGAUGUGCAAUUGAUGGGUGGCAUGGUUCUUCAUAAUGGAGAGAUAGCAGAAAUGAAGACGGGAGAAGGAAAAACACUUGUGGCUGUUCUGCCGGCAUAUUUAAAUGCAUUGACUGGGAAAGGAGUUCAUGUAGUUACUGUAAAUGAUUAUCUUGCUAGGCGUGAUUGCGAAUGGGUUGGCCAAGUUCCUCGAUUUUUGGGACUGCAGGUUGGCCUAAUUCAACAAAAUAUGUCAAGCGAGCAAAGAAGAGAAAACUACUUGUGUGACAUAACAUAUGUCACAAACAGUGAACUUGGCUUUGAUUAUCUGAGAGACAAUCUAGCUAUGUCCGUUGAUGACCUAGUCCUGAGAGGAUUCAAUUACUGUGUUAUUGAUGAAGUUGAUUCAAUUCUAAUUGACGAAGCUAGAACACCACUAAUCAUCUCAGGUCCAGCAGAGAAGCCUAGUGAUAGUUACUACAAAGCAGCGAAGAUUGCCUCGGCCUUUGAGAGAGAUAUACACUACACUGUUGAUGAGAAGCAGAAAACUGUUCUGCUUACAGAGCAGGGUUAUGAAGAUGCAGAAGAAAUUCUGGGCGUGAAAGAUCUAUACGAUCCUCGAGAACAGUGGGCUUCAUAUGUUCUAAAUGCUAUCAAAGCAAAGGAGCUCUUCCUUAGGGAUGUAAACUACAUAGUUCGUGGAAAGGAGGUUCUGAUUGUGGAUGAAUUUACUGGUCGAGUUAUGCAGGGCAGAAGAUGGAGUGAUGGACUUCAUCAGGCUGUUGAAGCAAAAGAAGGCUUACCAAUUCAGAAUGAAACUGUUACACUUGCAUCUAUCAGUUACCAAAAUUUCUUUCUACAGUUUCCAAAGCUUUGCGGCAUGACAGGCACUGCAGCAACUGAGAGUGCAGAAUUUGAGAGCAUAUACAAGCUGAAAGUUUCAAUUGUCCCAACAAAUAAACCCAUGAUAAGAAAGGACGAGUCAGAUGUAGUUUUCAGGGCUACUACUGGUAAAUGGCGCGCUGUUGUUGUGGAGAUAUCGCGAAUGUAUAAGACUGGUCGACCUGUGCUUGUUGGUACAACUAGUGUUGAGCAGAGUGAUGCUUUGUCAGAACAGUUGGAUGAAACCGAAAUUCCUCAUGAGCUUCUUAAUGCGAAGCCAGAGAAUGUGGAAAGGGAAGCCGAAAUAGUAGCGCAGAGUGGCCGUCUUGGGGCAGUAACAAUUGCAACGAACAUGGCAGGCCGUGGAACAGACAUAAUCCUUGGAGGCAAUGCAGAAUUCAUGGCAAGGUUAAAGCUACGAGAGCUAUUGAUGCCUAGAGUUGUCAAGCCUGCUGAAGGAGUUUUUGUUUCUGUGAAGAAACUUCCACCAAGAAAGACAUGGAAGGUUAAGGAAAGCCUAUUCCCAUGUGAACUUUCCAACGUCACAGUAUCAUUGGCAAAGGAUGCAGUGGAAUUUUCCGUUAAAACGUGGGGCCUAAGAUCAUUAACUGAGCUUGAAGCAGAAGACAGACUCUCUUAUUCAUGUGAAAAGGGCCCUAUGAAAGAUGAAGUCAUAGCCCAGCUGAGGAAUGCAUUCUUGAAAAUAGCAGAAGAAUAUAGGGUCUACACUGAAGAUGAAAAAAAGAAGGUCAUACAAGCUGGAGGACUUCAUGUGGUAGGAACUGAACGGCAUGAAUCACGACGAAUUGAUAAUCAGCUCCGUGGUAGAAGUGGUAGACAAGGGGAUCCGGGAAGCUCAAGGUUUUUUCUCAGCCUUGAAGAUAACAUAUUUCGAAUUUUCGGUGGAGACCGGAUACAGGGUUUGAUGAGAGCUUUCAGAGUUGAAGACAUUCCAAUUGAGUCAAAAAUGCUAACCAAGGCCUUAGAUGAAGCUCAAAGAAAGGUUGAGAACUAUUUCUUUGAUAUAAGGAAGCAGUUAUUUGAAUAUGAUGAGGUCUUGAACAGUCAGAGGGAUCGCAUAUACACUGAAAGAAGGCGAGCUUUGGAAUCUAAGAACCUCCAGUCCCUCAUUAUAGAAUAUGCCGAGCUGACUAUGGAUGACAUCUUACAGGCAAAUGUUGGCCCUGAUGCUCCGAAGGAAAGCUGGGAACUUGAUAAACUCAUUGCCAAACUUCAGCAAUACUGCUAUCUGCUGAAUGAUUUGGCCCCAGAAUUGCUUAGAGAUAAAUGCUCAAGCUAUGAGGAAUUGCGGGAAUUUCUUCAUUUACGAGGACGUGAAGCCUACUUCCAGAAAACUGAAAUGGUGGAAAAACAAGCACCAGGUUUGAUGAAGGAAGCUGAGCGGUUCCUAGUUUUGAGCAACAUUGAUAGGCUAUGGAAAGAACAUCUUCAAGCAAUUAAGUUUGUCCAGCAAGCAGUUGGACUAAGGGGCUACGCACAGAGAGAUCCGCUCAUUGAAUACAAGCUUGAAGGCUACAAUCUCUUCCUUGAUAUGAUGGCACAAAUCCGACGAAACAUCAUUUAUUCUAUUUACCAGUUCCAGCCACUGAUGGUGAAGAAUAAUGAGCAACAGAGCCAAAAAUCACAAAGAAAGGAUUCAAAAGGAAGAAAGGCAGAUAAUGAUGCAAACACAAUUGAAGCGGCACAAGCUGCAUCUUAGAUCAUUUUGCUUUCGGCUUCAAGGAACCUUUGUUUGUUCAGUGAAUUUUCUUCCUGCCAUUGAUGGAGCGAUCCUAGAAGGUAAGUAUAGUGGAGACAUUGUCGAUGAGCUGAUGAUACAAUGCAUUCAAACUGAUAUCAAGAGUAUAAUUUAUGCAUCGAUUGAUAUGUUUCCAAAGAAAUUUUGUUCUUUACAGGCUUUUCUGAGCACUGUACAGUCUAUUACUCUGGCGUGAAAGAAUAUGUAUGUAAAGGUCCCAAAAUAAGGUUUCUCUAUGUUAUUUGAUGCUAUUGAAGUUAGAACAGAGUUGCCAAAAAAAUGUUUAUACUUUUAAUCAUACCAUGCAUGGUUGCUUAAGUGA